UACGACGGCACUCCUACUUUCGUAUGGCUUCACCUGGCGUUACGCGAACUGUCUUUCGUAUGACUUCACCUGGCGUUACGCGAACUUUCGUAGACACUGUAAUAUCUUUGGCUUAUAUCGCGCGAUUUUUCAUGUCGCUCGGCUUUCCCUCGCUACGCUUAUCUUGUACUUACCGGCGUGACAUCACUCGCAUAAAAAAAAAUCAUACGUUAUCAAAAAAGAAAAGAAGAAAAUAAUACUCUUGAUGCGACGCGACGCGAGUCCCGCGUGGGAGACACGUAGACGAGUAUCGCGUGUGUCACCGCGGCGAUUGCGGUUCCGCGAACUACAAUUUCUGCGCGGCAUCUUCUUUUUCUUCGAUCCAAUAAUGACGAGUAGGAAAUAGAGGAACGCGGGAUGGUCACCCGACAAUCCAUGAUUAUCACAGACAACGUUCCUAUGUAAUGUCGUGACACGUUAUUAGUAUCGGGAUAUAGGGGAUCGUCCGGAAAAUGUCAGGUGGAUCUUGAGGGAGAAUCGACAUCUACACAAAACCGAGUCGGGGAGAUGCAGUCAGGUGUGAAACAUUACUACAAUGUUAACAAGAUCCUCAUGUCGAAACUCGGUAUUUGGCCGGCGCAAAGUACAUUCGCGAAGAUAGUGUUGCCGACCAUAACAACGGCUUUUUUAUUCAGCAUCGGUUUUCUCGAGUUUGUAAGAUUAUCCGAGAUAUGGGAGAAGCUGACCGAAGACUGCGAGUCCUGCAUCAUGGCGCUGCUUUCCGUCGGCGGUUAUAUUAAACUGUUCCUCCUAGUCCUCAAGAACAAAAACAUAGAACGACUGCUGUCGCUCAUCGACUAUCACUGGCGCGUUUUCACGCAUUCUCUGGAGGUACAAAUUAUGCACGAGUACGCUGUCUUAACAAGGAAGAUGACGAUAAGUUACGCCGUGAUGAUUUAUUCGUUGAUGAGCCUUUACAUGCUGAUCCCAGUGACGCCGCAAAUAUUGGAUCUCCUCAUGCCUCUCAAUCAAUCGCGCCCUUAUAAAUAUCUAUUCGAUGUCGACUUCAGCUUCGACAGAGAAGAAUAUUACUUCUCUGUAUUACUCUACUCGUACUUGACGACCGUGGUGGCUAUGACUGUUAUGGUAGUAACCGAUACAAGCUACCUGAUGCUCGCGCAUCACGUGUGUGGUCUGUUCGCCGCUAUCGGGUACCGACUAGAAAAUCUGACCUCGACGAUAAGUUUAAAUCAUCACGUUAAAGAUGCAGAGGUAGCUUGCAAUAAGUACAACUCGACAAAUUACGAUGGCGAGAUCUAUCGCGAACUGAUCCUUCUCCUACGGAAACAUCAGCUGAGCCUUGAAUAUGUCGAUUUGUUGGAGUCCUUGUUCCAACUGUAUUCGUUUUCGAUGAUCUUUCUUCAUUUCAUCAUUAUGAGUCUCCUCGGAAUGCAAAUAAUUGCCUUAAUGGAUCGCAAAGGGGAGAUGCUCAGAUACGUGUCGAUGGUAAUAGGUGGUUUCGUGCAUCUUCUCGUUUUGAGUUAUCCCGGCCAAGAAAUAAUGGAUCAUAGCGCAGAUAUAUUCCAUAAAGCAUACAACAUACUGUGGUACAGAAUGCCGCGAAGAACGACACAGCUAUUGAGCAUAUUACUUCAUAGAAGUCUUGUGCCUUGUACAUUAACAGCCGGCAAACUGUACGUGCUGUCGUUUCAGAAUUAUGCUUCGGUAAGAUUGGCUCUUUUCGACAGCACCUACAGUACCUGCGGAAGUAUAUUUUGUUAUUUUGCCGCGGGACAAAACCGAGCCGGGGAGAUGCAGUCGGCUGUGAAACGUUAUUACAAUAUUAACAAGAGCCUCAUGUCGAAACUCGGCGGUUGGCCGACGCAAAGUAAAUUUAUGAAGAUAUUGUUGCCGACCAUAAUAACGUCAUUUAUUUUCUGCAUCGGUUUUCUCGAGUUUGUAAAACUAUCUGAAACAUGGAGAGGCAUAACCGAGGACUGCGAAUGUUUCAUCAUGGUGCUGAUAACAAUCGGCGGUUACGUCAAGCUGUACCUCAUAGUUCUCAAAAACAAAAACAUAGAACGACUGCUGUCGCUCAUCGACUAUCACUGGCGCGUUUUCACGCAUUCUCUGGAGGUACAAAUUAUGCACGAGUACGCUAUCGUGGCGAGGAAGAUGACGAUAAGUUACGCCGUGAUGAUUUAUUCGUUGAUGAGCCUUUACAUGCUGAUCCCAGUGACGCCGCAAUUAUUGGAUCUCCUCAUGCCUCUCAAUAAAUCGCGCCCUUACAAGUACCUGUUCGAUAUCGACUACAGCUUCGACAGAGAGGUGUAUUACUAUCCUGUAUUACUCCACUCGUACUUGUCGACUGUGGUGACCAUGAGCGUCAUGGUAAUAACCGAUACGAGCUACAUGUCGCUCGCGCAACACGCCUGCAGUCUUUUCGCUGCUAUCGGGUGCCGAUUGGAAAAUCUGACCUCGGAGAUAAGUUCGAAGGAAAAUUAUCGGCCCGUUAAGGAUGCAGAUGUAAUUUGUAAUGAGCAUAAAUCGCGAGAUUACGACGACGAGAUCUAUCGCGAACUGGUGCUCCUCUUGCAAAAGCAUCAGCUGAGUCUUCAGUAUGUCCGUCUGUUGGAUUCUUUAUUCGAACUGUAUUCGUUUAUGUUGCUCUUUAUUACAAUCAUUGUUACGAGUCUCCUCGGAAUUCAAGUGAGCGCGCGCGAUGAUAUUAAGAGACGUGUUGCCGAUCGAAAAUCGUCUCGUAACUUCCUUCAAUCAAUCUGGAAUUUAACCGUCUUGCAGAUAAUUGCCUUAAUGGAUCGUAAAGAGGAGAUGAUGAGAUAUGUAGCGAUGGUCAUAGGUGCUUUCAUACAUCUCUUCGUUCUGAGUUAUCCCGGUCAAAGGAUAAUGGAUCAUAGCGCAGAUAUAUUCCACAAAGCGUACAACAUGGUGUGGUAUAAAACGUCGCGAAGAACGACACGGCUAUUGAGCAUAUUACUUUACAGAGGACUUGUGCCUUGUACGUUAACAGCCGGCAAAAUAUACGUGCUGUCGAUGGCGAACUACGCUUCGAUGAUGCAGGCAUCCGUAUCGUAUUUCACCGCCCUUUCGUCGUUCAAGUAAUUUGCGGUUAAAAAAAGAAGGGAAAUAUAAGAUGUCGGAUAAUUGAACGAUAAA